AGGCGGAGUGCCUCUCAGCAGAACAAGGUGAGGACUGACUGGUGAGCUGUCUCUGCAGACUGCCUCUGUGUUCCCUCGCCAUGUGCGCAUGGUGUCUGGCGCUGCUGGACAUGCUGUGGAUUCCACAGUUUACAGAGGUGAAGGUGUAAACGAGUGUCGGAAUCCAGCACACUGCAGGAGGAGCUCAAAUGUACAGCUUUGCUUAGCUGUCAGAAGGAAGGAGGCUCUCCCAGAAUCCCAUGCCCUGAAGCCCAGGGUCAUAUCCUCUAUCUUCACAAAACAUUGUUGCUAGAUUGGACUUUCUAAUCAUCUUAAUAGUGGCAACUACUGAAAUUUGCCUCGUUUCUUAUCUAAGGAAUAAUGCUGUCAGCAUGUCUGCAUACUCCAUGCUCUCCGACAGAAUUGUCAUGGCCAAGGAACUGAUCAAAAGAGCAGAAUCACUUUCUCGGUCCCGAAAAGGUGGCAUAGAAGGUGGCGCAAAGCUGUGCAGCAAACUGAAGGCAGAACUCAAAUUCUUGCAGAAAAUAGAGGCUGGGAAGGUAGCUAUUAAAGAAUCCCAUUUACAGAGCACUAAUCUAACACACCUGAAAGCCAUCGUGGAAUCGGCAGAGAACCUGGAAGAGGUUGUCAGUGUUCUGCGUGUCUUCGGCUACACAGACACCUUGGGAGAAAAGCAGACUCUAGUGGUGGACGUUGUAGCAAAUGGAGGUCAUACUUGGGUCAAAGCCAUCGGUCGAAAGGCUGAAGCGCUGCAUAACAUCUGGCUGGGCAGGGGCCAGUACGGUGACAAAAGCAUCAUUGAGCAGGCUGAAGACUUCCUCCAGGCCAGUCGACAGCAACCGGUGCAGUACAGCAACCCUCACAUUGUCUUUGCAUUUUACAACAGUGUCUCCAGCCCCAUGGCAGACAAGCUGAAAGAUAUGGGCAUAUCUGUGAGAGGAGACAUUGUAGCCGUCAACUCUCUAUUAAAUCACCCCGAAGAGUUCCAGCUGAGCGAGAGUGAGUCAGAUGACGAGGGCCAAGAACUUCUGCAGGUGACAAGAGUCGACAGAGACAAUGUCCUGGCACGCGUUGCCUUUCCAACAGAGAUCAAGGUCGAUGUGUGCAAAAAAGUCAACCUGGACAUUACUACUUUAAUCACCUACGUGUCUGCCAUGAGUUACGGAGGCUGCCACUUUGUCUUCAAAGAAAAAGUGCUCACAGAGCAAGCAGAGCAAGAGAGGAAGGAGCGGGUUCUACCUCAACUGGAAGCAUUUAUGAAGGACAAGGAGUUGUUUGCCUGUGAAUCUGCUGUCAAGGACUUUCAGUCUAUUCUAGAUACCUUAGGGGGACCGGGAGAGAGAGAGAGGGCCGAUGUGCUAAUUAAACGAAUCAGUGUGGUGCCGGACCAGCCUUCUGAGCGUGCCUUGAGACUAGUGGCAAGUUCAAAAAUUAAUAGCCGUUCCUUAACAAUUUUUGGGACAGGAGACACCCUGAAAGCCAUCACAAUGACUGCCAAUAGUGGUUUUGUCAGAGCUGCCAACAAUCAGGGUGUUAAAUUCAGUGUGUUCAUUCAUCAGCCUAGAGCACUUACUGAGAGCAAAGAGGCCUUCGCCGUGCCCUUACCAAAAGACCUCACCGAUGAUAGUGCGCACUAAUGCUAUCCUUUAAGUAUUGUCAUGGAAAUACAUUAUUUAUACUAAAGGCUGGCCUUCCCAUAUAUAUUGGGAGAAAAAAGUUUAUAGGAAACAUAAUAUUUAGACCUGUUUAAGUAGAAGUUCUUUGUGUUUCAUCUAUUUAAGGUCUAUAAAUUAGAAAAAAAAAAAAAACCCAAUUGACAGUCUUAUGUAUCCCUGCAUUCCAUCACAGACUACAUUGUAGCAGGUAAGAACAGAAAGACAUUUGCAUAAGGCUUUUAGCUACCUUGUGAUGCAUUUGCCUCAGUAGGGCUGCAGCCUCCAGUACAGGUAAUCACAUUUCAUGGAACAUGGCUACAUGAUUCUUGAAUUCAUUAAAUAUCUGGAGAAAAUU